AUAAAUACAACAAAAAAUAAACUAAAAUUAUUCAAACACAAUUCAUAGUGAAAAAAAAUGUCUCAAAUAUAUGCAUCUGCUGCUCCCAUUUCUACAAAGAAAACAAAUGUAGAUGAUAUUCGUCGAUCUGUAACAUAUCAUCCCAGCGUUUGGAAAGAUUAUUUUCUUGCAUACACUAACGAUGUUACGGAAAUCAGUGGUGAUGAGAAGGAGCAACUCGAAAAGCAAAAGGAAAAGGUGAAGAAGUUGGUAGCCGAGACUCCAAAUGAUUCAACGGUGAAGAUGGAGCUGAUCGAUGCAAUCCAACGGCUAGGAGUUGGCUAUCAUUUUGAAAAGGAAAUCGGGGAAUCCUUGAGACAAAUUCACGAAAAUUAUGAAAUACAAAGUCGCAAAGACAAGGGCGAUCUUCGUGUUCUUGCUCUUCGUUUUCGUCUGCUUAGACAGCAAGGUUACCGCGCCCCAUGCGAUGUGUUUGACGAAUUCAUAGACGAAGAGGGAAAUUGGAAGGAGUCGUUGUUGAUAAACGAUGUUGAAGGGAUGCUAAGCUUGUAUGAGGCUUCGAAUUAUGGGAUAAACGGGGAGGAAAUUCUUGACAAAGCCUUAGAAUUUACUUCUACUCAUCUUGAAUCUUUACUCUCACAUCAAAUCAACUCUUCUCUGUGUAAACGAGUGAAAGAAGCUCUGGAUAUGCCAAUUAGCAAGACUUUGAUGAGACUCGGAGCUAAGAAAUUCAUAUAUAUGUAUCAAGAAGAUGAGUCGCAUAAUGAAAUAUUAUUGAAGUUUGCAAAAUUGGACUUCAAUAUUUUGCUGAAAAUACACCAGAGAGAGCUACACCACAUUACAAGGUGGUGGGAGGAUUUAGAGUUUGGAAAAAAACUACCUUUUGCAAGAGACAGAGUGGUGGAGUGCUAUUUUUGGAUUUUGGGAGUCUAUUUUGAGCCACAAAACGACACUGCAAGAUUAUUCCUAACCAAAGUCAUAGCUAUAACUUCUAUCCUUGAUGAUAUUUAUGAUAUUAAAGGAACUUUAGAUGAACUCCGACGUUUAACCCAUGCUAUUCAAAGGUGGAAUAUUAGCGCCGCAGAUGAAUUUCAAUUGCCACCGUAUAUAAGAAUAUGUUACGAAGCUCUUUUAGGUGUUUAUGAAGAAAUGGAAAUUGAAAUGGCAAAACGAGGUGAAUCAUAUCGCCUUCAAUAUGCGAAAAAAGAGAUGAUAAAGCUGAUAACGGCAUAUAUGAAGGAGGCAGAAUGGUGCUAUAGCAAUUAUGUUCCAACAAUGGAGGAAUAUAUGAAAUUGGCACUUGUAUCUGGUGCUUACAUGAUGCUAUCAACAACCUCUUUAGUUGGAAUGAGAGAUCCUAUUACCAAAACUGAUUUUGAUUGGAUUACAAGUGAGCCACCAAUUUUACGAGCCUCAUCGAUUAUUUGUAGAUUAAUGGACGACAUGGUGGGACAUGGGAUUGAGGAAAAGAUCACAAGCGUGGAUUGCUACAUGAAAGAAAAUGAGUGCUCAAAGAUGGAAGCUUUUAGUGAAUUUGGGAAGCAAGUGAAUAAAGCAUGGAAGGAUAUGAACGAAGAGUGCCUCGAGCCAAGGCCGGCAUCUAUGCCGAUUCUUAUUCGCAUUUUCAAUCUUGCUCGUGUCAUAAAUUUAUUGUAUGUUGAUGAAGAUGCAUAUGGAAAUUCCAGCACUAAGACCAAAGAGUUGGUUAAAUCUGUGCUCGUGGAAACCGUGGACUAAAGUACUAUAUAAUCAUAUUGGAAUAAUAAAUGUAACUCACAUGUAAGUUUAUAACAUUUUAGUGCAAAUUGGGGGCGAUGGUCAGGCCGGAGCUCUUCGAGGGAUCAUGUCUUCUUCCAUUGCCAUUUUGGGCGUCAGGACUUGGGCGAUGGUUAGUCCGGAGCUCAUGCAUGGUUUCGUCGCCUCCUGGUUGUUAUUUUUCUUUUUUCCAGUUUAUUUCUAGAUGAGUACUCUUUUUCCUCUGCAAGUUUUUUCCCUAUGGAUUUUGCUUGCAGAGGUUUUAAUGAGGCUCGGCCCUUAAUUUACUUCAUCUUUAUGCUUUUAAGGGUUUCUUAGAUUCCUUUUCCUUUUCUUUUCAUAUAAUCGCAUUCAAUCUAAUGUGAGCUGGGGGGUGGGGGAUGGGGGAUGGGGGAUGGGGGUUGUUGAACCUUGUAUCUCUAUUUUCAUAAAAGUUAUGACAUUCAAUAAAAAUAAAUGCCAUGAUGUGUUUACAACGGCCUAUGUAUAUUCAAUAAAAUUUAUGCAUAUUUUUA